GAGUUGUGGUUACUGUUUCAUUUCCAGUGCUCAAACUUUCAUUUCUCUAGCUUCGAGUCUGAAAUACCUUGAAGUUCUGGAUUGGUGAGUUAAUUCUCCCUGGUUUACAACUUUCUGGCGUCUGAAAACGGGCUGAGCAAUUUUAGGGGGCAGACUUUUGAAGACUUUGAAAGGAGAACAUUGCUUUUGCUUUGGCACCUGAGCAGAAGUGCGAGGAUUCAGGACAGUCAUACACAGGAUCACAGCAACUAUGGCUUCACAAUUCAUGAUGAAGUUAACGGAGGAGGUGACCUGUCCUGUCUGUCUGAACCUGAUGGUGAAACCUGUGAGUGCAGAUUGUGGUCACACCUUCUGCCAAGGCUGCAUGAAGGUGUACUUUGAAUCUAUCAAAUGCGAUAAGAAAGUGCUCAUUUGCCCUGUGUGCCGACUUACUUACCAGUUUAGCAAUCUGAGGCCUAAUCGANAUGUGGCCAACAUAGUAGAGAGGCUCAAAGAGUUCAAGCCCAGCCCGGAAGAGGAGCAAAAAGUGUUUAACUGUGCAAGACAUGGAGAGAAACUCCAGCUCUUCUGUAGGAAGGACAUGAUGGCCAUCUGCUGGCUUUGUGAGCGAUCUCAGGAGCACUGUGGUCACAAAACAGCUCUCAUUGAAGAGGUGGCCCAGGAGUAUAAGGAGNAGCUGCAGGUAGUUCUGCAAAGGCUGAUGGCAGAUAAGAAAGAAUUUGAAAACUGGAAAGAUGAACUUCAGAAGGAUAGAACUUACUGGGAGGCAAGUGGGGACCCUUCCUAAGGGUGUCAGCCUGAUGCCCGGGAUGGCCCUGGGCAAGAAGCUCCUGGGGUCUUUACUUCCUGGGAGUUGAUGAGGCCAAGAAACCUUGAUACUCCUCCCUACUGGUUCCCUGGCUGGAGAUGCAUAGUCAGUGUAUCACACCUGAGCUGGGCUCUGUGAGGAGCUGGCACCAUGGAGGAUGAUUGGUCAGAAUGGAUACUGGGUCAUUUUUAUGGUGCCUUCUGAAACUGACUCUACAGAAGAAGAUACUUGGGA